UGGGUUUUCUUUUUUAAUAGCGACACUGUUAUGACAGACUCGAGGCAAACAAAAGCAGGCUGUUUGUUAUGGGAUUUCUCUUGCUGGCAAACCAAAAAGUCCUGGAGCUUCCUAGUGAACAGCAGCAUCAUGCAGGUUCAACUCCACUGACUUCAGUAAAUUGGCAUAAACGAAAGAUCCAGUACUGCAGGAACCACGCUGUGACCCAACAAAGGUCAGCAUGUGGAGGCUGCCAGUUAGUGUCCUGCUGGGGACCAAAGUCCAUUCUGUGACUCAGCAUCUGCUCUCUGGGACUGCAAACCUUCAGUGCUGCUGGUGGAGGACUGUGCGGGGGACCCACACAGGUUACAUGAGCAUGGGGAUAAGGAAAGUGGAGGCUCCAGAUGCAGAGCACCUCAUCCGUGUGCAGUGGGAGGAUGGGAGUGAGAGCCACUACCCCUGUGUCUGGCUGCGGGACAACUGCCAGUGCCCCCAGUGCUUCCUGCACUCUGCCAAGGCCCGCAAGCUGCUCUUUGAGGACCUGGAUGUUGACAUCGUGGCCAAGGAAAUCACUCUGACAGACAGGAAGAAGGUAUCUAUCACGUGGCCUGAUGAACACACGAGCGAAUACGAAGCAGAGUGGUUGAAAAAACGAUGCUUCUCUGAAGCAGCGAGAGCAGAAAUGCGGGAAGAUUUAUUUUUACCAGGACAUGAGUACUGGGGCUCGGACCUACAGCUUCCCAAAAUGCCUUUUGAAGAAAUCAUGUACGAUGAUGAGAGUGCCUAUAAGUGGCUGUGCACCCUGAAGAAGACAGGAGUUGUGCUGCUAACAGGAGCUGCUGCAAGGCAGGGAGAGUUAGUGAAGCUCGGCCACAGGAUUGGUUUCCUGCGUCUCACUUUCUAUGGGCCAACUUGGCAAGUGCAGGACAAAGCAGAUGCUAACAAUGUAGCUUACACAACAGAGAAGCUGUGCUUUCACACUGACUACCCUGUCCUGCAGCAUCCACCUGGGGUUCAGCUUCUCCACUGCAUUAAGCAAACAGCCACAGGAGGUGAGAGCGAAAUCGUAGAUGGAUUUCAUGCAGCUAACAAGCUGAAGCAACAAAAUCCUCAAGCAUAUCAGAUCCUGACCUCAACUGCUGUAGACUAUACAGACGUUGGGGUUGACUACUGUGAUUUUGCUGUGCAGGGUAAACAAAGGAUCAUAGAUGUGGAUUACAAAGGCCAAGUAGUUCGCAUCAAUUUCAAUAAUGCAACAAGAGACACAGUGUUUGACAUACCAGCUGAAGAAGUGCGGCCAUUUUAUGCAGCUCUAAAGGAAUUCAAUGACUUAUUAAACAGCAAGGAACACAAGUUUACUUACAAGCUGAAGCCAGGAGACAUAGUAACGUUUGAUAACUGGCGUGUGCUGCACGGCCGCAAGGGCUAUCCACCAGGCUCUGAAGUGAUACGUCAUCUUGAAGGUGCCUACGCAGACUGGGAUGUGGUCAUGUCAAGGCUUCGGCGCCUCCGAAAGAGGGUCCUCAAUAGGGACUGAGUUCCCUGCUGAUUAGAACAAGCAAAACUAGAUUGCACAGCCUCUAAAGAGAAAAAAAUUAACACAGAAACUAAUGUUGUUAAUAUCUGAAUCUGUUCUUGACUUUCACUCGGUGCUAAGUAAGCUGUCACUCAGUACAUCAUAAGGUCUGUCUCUGUUCUGGUAAUUUACAAGUGAAUCACUACCUCAUUGAGUUGAAAGCCAUUUUUAACGCUGUUUUUAAUUCGCAAAUCAAGGUUGCCAGCUUGCAGGGCUGGCUGCAUAUGAAGCCACAUAAAUUUGCCUUCUCUAAUACAACUGCCUCCCUAGAAAGCUUGAAUGGAUGUCAAAAGGAAAACAUCUGGAAAGAGUUUAUCACUAUUUUCAAAACAAGUGUCCUUCAACACAUAACAAAAUUCAUUACUAAAAUAAACAACCUCUGCUUUGGAGUUAUUUUUCUAGGGGCACCUUCUGAACACACUUCAUUCAACAAGUCUGUAUAUUCAUUGUGCACAUGGCUGUCACAGCCACAAGGAACUUUUACAACACAGCUCUCAAAGAAUGCACUGAGAGUUAGUUCUCCUCUGCACCAGGAACAGAAAAAUCUCUGUGCAGAGGACAGAGGCAGGACUGGGGGUCACACCUGAUGCUGUGCAUAGAGAAAAAUCAGCAUCUUCAUGGCGGAUAGACUUUUGAGUAAAGUCAGGAAGAAAAAUGCUACUUCUGCUUGGAAUGAGAGGCUGCUGCUGACUCAGCACCUGACAGGCAGCUUGCAGCUGUACUCAGGUCCAGUUCUGUCACACCAAACUCAAGAGCAUGUAGUCUUAGCAGAAGUGCUCUACAGGAUCAUAAAAUGCCUUGGGUUGGAAGGGGUCACCAAGUUUCAGUGCCUCUGCCGCAAGCAGGGAUGCCAGCCAGUAGAUCAAGAUGGCUGCCCAGCAUCCAUCCAUCAGGGCCUUAAAGCCCUCCGGGGAUGAUGUCUCCCUCUCAGUAGCAUUCCAACUAAAGAUUGUACAAUGCAAAAACUACUGCUGUUGGAGCAGUAUGCAGCAGGUGAGCUACAGCUCUGCACCACUAGAUUUCCCACCAUGUUCAGAUGCCAAAAUUAAAGGGAAAGGCUUAAAAGAUAUGCUUCCUUACCUACCUGUGUUCAUACAUAACAAUACAUCCACCGAGUUGAUUCUUUACUGUCCUUCCCUCUGCAGAGUGAAUGGGAUGCAGAGAGCUCCAUUCAGCCACUUCUGGGGGGGGGGGGGGGGGUUGGAGCCAGUCCACUUUAGUAAGCAGUGAAAUGCUUUCAUGAAGUUAUGAGCAGACAGUAAUACAUUGCAAAACAAAAUGGGUUUUUAGCAGGUGUUUCAUUUCCCAGUGUGUCCUAAUAAUUAACUGUGGAAAUGAGAUGAAAGCAUUUAUGGUCCUUGCUCAGAAAAGGGGAGAAGUUCACACCUAUAUUCUACAAAACACCAGCAAUACUGUGCUUUAACUGUGAUAUUUUGCUUAGAACAAUUUAGCAAGACUUUUGACUUAUAGCUUUUGAGCAAGACAUCUUGGGAUUAAUAAUGAUGAUUAACAAGAAAGAUUUUCUGCUUUUCUUCUGUGCUUGUCUAAAACCUGUUUUAUUCCAAUGUCUGAUUAUUAAAAGCUAUGAAAGCACUGAUUAUCA